AUGUCGACCAAAGACGCCCCGACCAGCAUUCAGCGCACGUAUCGGAACGACGUUCUGAGCGCGCCCGUAGAGCCAUUCCAAACCUCGGAGAUCAAUAAACUCAAACAAGCUAAUUUGAAAUUGAAAACGGAAAACAGAUGGCUUCGCGUGGCAAUCAGGGAAUUGGGUAUCGCCAAUGAAAUAGCUGGGGCAGAGAAAAGGUUGACCAAGAUCAGGAUUGGCAUAUUUGAAAAAAUCGACGCCGAAUCAAACAUAGUCUACAACGAUGCUCAGCUUAAAGCGAGAGAGACUUGGGCACCUCUAAUUCGUGAUAUCAUGCGAAAGAGACAGAUUUUCGAUACAACCCGCUUAUGGAAAGAUCGAGAGGAAUACGAAUCUGCGGUUGCAUCUUGGCAGAUGACGCACACUAGACGAGAUGAUCUUGAGAUAAUUAUGAGUAAGAAGGGACUCGAGGAUCAAUUUCUGAAGCUCGAUGCACAAUCGGAAGCUUUAGCAAAAGCAGUGACUGAAAUCCGUUCUGAGGAUUCCGAGAUUUCGGCUGAGAACGCGAAGUUAAAGCUCAACAGCAUUGAGCAAGAGAAAAAGUUGAAGGUGCAAGCUAGUGUUCUUUCAAGCGUUCAGGAAAGAGAAAAUAACCAGGUUAUCUCAAUUCUUGAAAUGAAAAGUAAGCAUGAGAGAGAGAUGAAGGAACAAGGUGAAAUUAUUGCAAGCAUCAAAGAAAAGGAGAAAUCAUCACAUGAGGCGAAGGUGAAGGAAGUGAAAACUGGUAUCGCCUUUGUUGAACAGAAACACAAGACCUUGUCAGCUACAUUCAAAAAGACCUAUGAGAAGAGCUUGAUAGAACAGAGCGUCAUCAUUACCAAUAUUGAAAAGGAAUACGAAUCUGCGGUAGCUCUGGUGAAGACAGAGUCUGAGCAGAAGCUAAAGGAACAAGAAAACAUAAUCGCCAAACUCGAAGAAGAAAGGUUAGCUUCAGUCGCUGAGAUGCAGAGAGUACGUCGGGAACUAGCUGCUCAUCGUGAAGUUUCUGUCAGCAUCUUGAACCGCAAGAGAGAGCUGACGAAGCCACAUGAGAUUCGGGAUGACCAUGUUAUUGAGACAGGUAAUAUCGCAGCACAUGGCGGAACUUGUCUGGCCGACGUUUUUCGAAUAAAAUCCAAUCCUGAUCACAAUGAGAAAGUAUGGUUUCAGGAGAUAUAUGGUGUAGCUAUAGACACGGCGGAGAGAUACGGAGAAAGCGCAGCGUUUGUGAAGCUUAUAAAUAUGCGUUAUGAAUUGUACAGAUGCGGCGCAGAAAACCGGGCUGUUGAUUCAGAAUUCGAAGAGGGAUUUCAGAAACUUUUAACGGGAAGUCUGGAGAAAAAUUCAAAGGUAACACCGGAGUCAAUUGAUAGGUUUCUGUUGGAGAGUAAGAGCGGAAGAGAAAUGUUCCAGAAAUUAUGUAGUAUCUGGGAUAUUGCAAGAGUCUGCCAAAAAAAGCAGUUUCGAGAGAGCAGAGAUCCAAAAAGGAAGUCUAUUUUCGGAGGAAGCUUCCGAAGCGUAAAAUCUAACGCUUCGAUUUGGACGGCAGAGACUCAGAGCAGAAGCAAACUCGACCAAAUCGAGGAAUAUGGUAAAGAGUUCUUCUCCUCCGCAAAAGAUGCCUUGCCCUGGACUAAGCAUUAA